CAAGAAGCAGCCCUUAAAGACCAGAUAAAUCAGUUGAAGGAAGUGGCUUUGAGGAACACUGAAACUGUGCCAAUAGUGAAGAAGGAAGUGGCAAAAUUAGCAUUGGGAACUGAAAACAAUUACGGUUUCCCUAAUAGUCAGACACGUUCGUUGUCAGUUUCAAACCUUACGAUUCCUUCACUUUAUAGCACGAGUAAAUUUCAGGUCAAAAAAGAUAAAAAAAAAAAAACCGUACUUGUCUUAUUAUUUUUGGAGAGUAGUUCCCUACCUAAGUUAAGACCACAUCCAUAUGUCAUCCUAUUUUUCCAGAUUGCCACUUUAAAAGCUCAGCUGUCUAGCGCAGGCAAGCCUGGUGGUUUCGCCAAGCUCGACCAAAACGGCCGCCUUCCUCAGAACGUUCUCACGGCAGGCUAUGAUCAGUACUCGGCAUUCGAUUUGGCGUGGCAGUCAGUUCACAUGGCGGCAGCAGCGGCCUGCAGAGGAAGCACCCCUACAGGAGGAAGUGGUUGCUGCCAAAACCAGGUUAUGGCUAGGAACACCGCUGACAAGAAAACCUGUAGCCAAAUUUGUUCCCAGAGCUCUUAUCCCAACUGCGAUGGGGAAGUUUCUGUCUAUGGAAGGGAACGCAAAGCUACCCAAAAUGGAGAAAUUGUGGGCUCCUUUUACAACUACCACUGCAACAGUGCUUUAAACGGAGGAAGUGAAGUAUCUGAGGUUAAUGAGGCCAUCAUGAGCUCUUCUAUUUACUUUAGCUUCUGCUGUUGCCGAAAGUAGUUUGCACGUGCUGAUGUUUCAUUGCAUCAAGGUAAUAAAGAGAGAUGAAUUUCUUUAGCACAUCAGCAAAACCUUUGAGAUGGUUAAACCCCCAAUAAAUGGCCACUGUAAACAUUUUUCUAUUCGUCUUUUAUUGCGUUUCUGUUCCGAACCUUGAAAUCCGUCAUUAGCUCUCUUAACACACGGUUACCGGAAACCUAGUACAGUUGAACCCCUCUAAUACGGACACCGAAGGGACAGAGAGAAGUGUCCGUAUUACAGAGGUGUCCGUAUAAAAGAGGUCACUAUGAUGAAGACACUUUUAUGACUCCACUUACAGUUUUUUAAACACUUCAAAGUGUUCGUGAUCAGUAGCUAAAACCAGGCUCAAACUUUUAUUUAAACUGCAUUUAAAGUUAUUAAUUCACAGUACAAAGACACCAUCUUUCAGUAGCAUACAACAUCGCAAUGUAAAGCACAAUUGUGAAAGCGUAUUUUGCUAUUUUCCAAGUGCAGUAAACAGUAACUAGAGUAAAACGUUUAAUAGAAAAGAUCUUUAUGCUAUCUGUAGUUAUUGAAGCCUUCAAAAAGUCGGUUAUUUUCCUCUGUACACCUUUCGCAAAUCGUUGUUUGGUAUACAGCGACUGGGCCUUUAUAUCACCUUGCAUAGCUCAUCAGCCAGACUAGACGGGAUACACCCUGUCCAGAUUCACCUGAUCACCACAGUGUACGCAAUAAAGAGGUCAAGUUUAUAUGAAUUUACUCCCUGGGGCCGAGAUUUCAUGUCUGUUGUCCGUAUUAGAGAGAGUCCGUCUUAAAGGGUUUUUUUUUUUUAAAAAAUUUACGAGAAUUUUUUCGGAACAUUGGAAACUUCCGUAUCAGAGAGACGUCCUUACCGAGAGGUUUGACUGUACCAUUCACUCCUCCUCUCCACAUGUCAAGUAGCAUGUGUUUCCGUGAUGCAUUAAAUUGUUAUCCGUUUUUUAAUGACUUGAGCUGGCAGCUUUUACUGAGGCAAUUUACGACGGGUCAAAGCACACAAAUUCCAGUUGGCGCGAGAACUUUUUUUUGUACCACUGAUUUUAGACAACCAAAAGUCGAUAUUUUUCCUCACAUCGGUAGUUGCGCAAUCUCAAAAAUAAAUAUCAAUGCAUGCGCCUUCGUUUACCUUGAAACUUUCCACUUCUCCCCUCCUCUUCAAGAGGUCACAUGGUCUGUCCAUUGCCUUAUUUUCACUAUGUAAGUUUCCCUGCUAAAAUUAUCCAACAAUUCGAUUAAUUCUGUGACUUUUUUUGGGUGAGCAAACUUAAUUUAUUAAAGAUAAUAUUUAGUUAAAGAGAUUGCGAAAAAAUGAAAAAGUUAAAAUUGGCUAAAAUGUUAUUUAUUUUAGAAGUUCGAUAGUUUAUAGAGAUCUUCUUCAGCUAAAAGUGAAAUAGGUUUCUAAAAUUGAGAGAGCGAUUGGUCAACGAAAUCAAAUGCAAAACCAUGGCUCCUGAUCGUCAUUGGUUGGAUUGAAAUUUCUUCGCAGGGAUAAAUUUUCUUUUACAACAUAUCGUUGCAUCAAUAAUUCGGGUUAUAUGAACUGGUUAUCACUAAUGAAAAUGUCAAACUGAUUUUCCUUCGCUAACAAAAAAUUUUAAAAUGUAUUCAAAAAAAUGGAUUUGCAUAAAUUUGCUCCCGGCAAAUAUGUCGUAAAAUUGAGAAAGCUGAGGAGAAAAUUUGGAGCAAAGAUGGUAAAUGCCACAUUUGCCUGGUUAUUUACACCUCCUAUUUUUUGGUAUGCAAAUGUGGCUUUUACCAUCUUUGCCCCAUCUUUAUUCCUCAGUUUUCACAUUUUUGUGACAUAUUUGUAAGGAGAAAAUUUGCCGGAAAAUCCUAUUCUUUCGUCCAGCAGAGUUAUUUAGCAUCACUAUAAUUAGGACCUAUAAAUUUGGGUCAAUAGCUCAGUCAGGGGACCUUUUUGCGUUAAGUAGUUUAACUUUAUUAGUUUAUUAAUUAAAUAUUUAUAUUUUAUUCAAGAUAUUAAGAAAAAUACAGAAAAGGCUAGAGCUUGCUUGAAUAUAUUUUAUUCCAGAUGCUUCGAGAUCUUCCUCAGUGAAAGGUGAAUUUUUUGUCUCUCAUUCAAAAACUCGUUGUUUAAUGAUUUUUAUUGCUCUUUGCGUGAACAAACUUUAUUUUUCUAAAGCUAAUAUUUACUAGUUUGAAAUAUUAGAAAAAAAAUUAAAAGCCUGAAGCUGGCUAAAAAUGUUGUAAAUUCGAAAUGUUUAGAUAGUUCUGUAGCCAUCUUAAGCACAGCUGAGACAAGUUUUUAGAUUGAGAGAGACAAACCCAAUACAAAACCGUGGAUUCUUCAAGGUAGGAUUAAAUAUUCACUUCAAAUACUCAUUUAAUUUCAAAGAGACUGCUGCAUCCAGGUCUUAGGUAAGAACUAUACUUGUAGAUAAUUUGAACCAGAAAAUACUUGUAAAAACGGCAAACUGAUUUUGCGGAUGCAAUGAAUUUUCAAAAAUUAUACGAGUUAUUUAGUAUCGUUAAAGUGUUUGGGUCAAGUAGGUCGCCAGGCUUCUUUGCGUUAUAAGACUGAAUCCAAGUCCGGUUAACUCGCUCAAGGAAAUAAACAGAUAUCUCUGAUUAAACUGGAUUAAACUGAUUGCCCAGUUGAAAACGUUCGAUUUUGUUGAAAGCAAUUGUUAAUCUGUUUCUCCUUCGAUAACUUGUUCUUCAUUUUUCAUUUUGUUUUUGCUCUUUCAGUGAAAAAAACGUAAAGAAAAUACAAGGAGUUAAAAGAAUAAUAACAAAAUGAUGACAAGGCUGAAGCUAACUUAAAAUCAAAGUUUUUGAUUCCUGCUGUUUCCCGAUGACUUUCUUCGCUAAAUAUUACUGAUUUUGUCAUAAAGCAAGUAAACGAAUGUAGUCAUUUUUAGGUUUCCCUACUUAAACCAUUUCGCAUUAAAAUAGCUAAACGUUUUUUUACUGUUCUUUGAGUGUCAAAUUUCAUUUCAGUUGUUAAAGCCUAAUAUUCGGCAUGAGAAUGCUAUUGAUCUGAGAUGUUACGUCACGAUUAACCGACACCCUCUUCAGAAAAAAAAAAAACAGAAAUAACUAUCUGACAUUAAGAGAGGAAUAAGAAAAGCCGAAUACAAAACAGUGUUCGUAAAUGGUAGGACUGAAAUUUCCGUUUAAGCAUUCAAUAUUCUGCAUCCAGGCGACAGAAAAAAAAUAUAUGUCAGGGUUAAAAAAUGGAUAGUACGCGUAACAACGCUAAACUUAUUUUGCCCGUCCAAUGAAACACAUUGACGUCUUUUAAAUUUAGUAUCGCUCUGUUUAAAAAUCCAAUUCUUGGGUCAAGUAUAGGUCACUAACCUCUCUUAAGAAAAAAAAAAGAUUGAUUUCCCACAUUAAAAAAAGGAAGCUAGCGUGGGACACAGUUUUAAUUUAGUCUUGCACGCCGUUUACUGGUUACUAUAUGGCCAAAAAGAAACAAAUUUUCUUUGGCAUAUUUUUUUGGGGUUUCCCUGUUAAAAUUGUUACUCGUUCAAUAACCCGUUGCUACCAUUUUUUUUGGCUCUUUUAAUCAUUGAUGUGCAAAAUUUAUUGUGCUUAAGCUAAUAUUUAGUUUAAGAUAUGAGAAAAACCAUUGAAAAGGGUCAAGCUGUUUAAAAACGUUAUUAAUUUAGUUAGUUUACCGAGACUUCUUGAGCAAGAAACCUGACCUAAAGUAGAAAAUUAACAACAAUAAAAGCAAACAAUGUUAUAAUUGUUAAAAAAAAAAAAGGCGUGAAGGGUAUGACAACUCUAUCAGCACUGUUUUUACUAUUUUACCGAGGUAAUUUUAUUGGUUAAUAUAUUAUAUAAACGUCUUCCUACUUAGCCUUAUAGAGCUGAGCGCUGUCACCAAGUUUUCAAUAUUAAUUCCCAACCAUCUUUUUUUCUCAACAGAUUAAUGCAAGAAAAAGUGAAAAUGAAACUUUUGAAGGAGUUUGUCUUUGUGACCUUGUUUGGCAGUUUUGCCGUUACACUUUACGCACGCGCACAUGAAAGUUCAAAUGGUGGUUGCGAAUUGAGGACUCGUUGUUUGGUAUAUGUUCAUAGAAUAAUUAACAAAAAUAAGACAGUUUCUAGUUGCAGCUUUGGAGGUUGAAGUAAUCGUUGGGCUAAAAGCAAAAAUAUUAAUCCCCCGUAAUCUGACAUAUAAAAUAUGUUUGGGAUUGUUCAUGAGAUGGGAACUGUUUUGGGAACUAACAAUGACAUUCGGGUCUGAAUAAACUUGAGCGCACCAAGUGGUGCCAAUCCAGAAAUUUCUCCAACCCUGGAAGGUAUUAUGAUUCCCCGUUAUUUUCGGUAAUGGAUUCUUGAUAUAUAAGAUUGAUAGGUAGGUUGAGUAUGUACUGAAAAGGAGUGUUCUUGACAGUGACUGACGUUUCGAAAACCUGUGCGGUAGUUAUCUUCAGAGCCAAAGUGAGUUGUAUUACGUCAGUUGAUAAUAUUAAACUCUGGUAUUGACCUGAUUGGUCAUAGAAGUCAUGAUGUUAUUGGUCGUCUGUCAAUUAAGCCUUGAUGCUAUUUGGCUACGAAGACUCGUAACGUCAUUGGUGCGUUUCGAUCCGUCUAUUGUCACAGUUAAACAAUCGUUUAUUGUUAGUCAAAUUGUCGGUUGUUCAGUCAUUCUCUUGUAGUUAGUUUUGCCUGAGUCCGCCAAUAUUAGUCACUGUUAACAACAGUCCCAUUCAGGACUACGUUCACCCGGACGAUAAUACUCAACCUACUUAAUUAUGAAAUGACUCCUUGGUCACGUUUCUCGAAAGUCCCGAUAACUUUUCGGGCCCGAAAAGGUGUUUUAUGUUUUCCGUGAUUGCAUUCAGUGACAAAGUUUCAAUAAUUUUGAAAAUGAUACAAUGAAUUUAUCAGUCAACGAAGCAAAUUUACUGGUUUGUGAGCUAGGAACUUUGCUACUAUUCAACUGAUUUUGAUUUCGAAAUUUGCUUUCGGACCCAAAAAGUUAUCGGCCUUUCGAGAAACGAAAGUUUCAAUAAAAGAUUGGUCAGAGAAAAUAAUCGCCUUAGCCUAAGAAAUGUCCAACACAUCGCUGUUUUCAAGUCGGGUUUAUGUGAAAAACAGAGCAGACUAUACAGGCAUUUUAUAAUAAUAGUAAUAAUAAAGUGGUUUAAAUAUUGAUGAUAUAUGUUGGAUUGCCUACACAGAAUAAUGCUAUUAAAUGUCUGACUGGAAAAGAUGUUUAUAACCAAAGUCAAGGUACUAAGUAAUAAAAUUAUUUUAUUAUUUCGAGGGCUGAUCGCUUACUAACUGCAUGUGAGGGGCAAGGGUUUGGCCAGUCGUCUUGGAGGUCAUUUUCAAAAUACUGGGCCUUGCGUCUUUAACAGGGUACAUGAUUUCAUUAUUCGGCGUUUUGAACAGAAGACUAAAAGACUCUCGAUGGCACACUUCCACUCAAACUUCUCUUGAUUGUUCCCCCCGGGAUUCCCCUAAAUAGGCCUUCGGCAGUCGUUCAUCAUUAAUCCACCCCAGAAUAAGAGCCUGGAUUUUGAUCAUUAUUUUAUCUUUUUAGUGGCCUAUGAAAAACGAUUACGACAGCUGGAAAAGGAGGUGAGUGGUGUUGAUUUUACUGAAGUUAUGUUAAAAUUGAUGGUCAUGCAUGGAGGAACUGUUGUCUCCUGCGUGUAUACUUUUAAAUCUAUGAUGUAUCCAAUAAUGUGAAUAUAUAAAGUUUCAGAUAGAUCGUGUUAAUCAAUAUCAAAGGUAGAAGAGACGAAAAUAAUCAUUGCCCUUCUGAUUAUGAAAUCUUUCCUUUAGACACUACAGAAGCCAUGAAAGGCCAACUAAGAUAAGUUGAAUGAAGAAAGCAGCGUUGAGAAACGGAAACUUUUCCAAUAGCAAAGGAGAAAGUAGCUAAAUUAACGUUGACACAAAUUAAAAAGGAACUGACUUUUUCCAUAAUAGUCAGUCGUGUUCCUUGUUCCCUGUUAAUCUUCAGAUUCCUUUACAUGAUGAGACAUAAGAGCAGCUAAGAGCCAAUUUACUAAUGUAACUAUCGACUAAAGAUAUAAAGUGACUAGAGCCCUACCUCACAUUUGUCGGCAUUCCAUGUUUUGCUUAUCAUUCACAGAUUGCCAAUGUAAAAGCUCAGCUGUCUAAGGCAGGCCAGCCUGGUGGUUUCGCCAAGCUCGACGAAAAUGGACGCCUUCCUCAGAACGUCCUCACGGCAGGCUUUAAUCAGUACUCGGCAUUUGAUUUGGCGUGGCAGUCAGUUCACAUGGCGGCAGCAGCGGCCUGCAGAGGAAGCACCCCUACAGGAGGAAGUGGUUCCUAUGACAACAGGGUUAUGGUUAGGAACACCGCUGACAAGAAAACCUGUAGCCAGAUUUGUUCCCAGAGCUCUUAUCCCAACUGCGAUGGAGAAGUUUCUGUCUAUGGAAGGGAACGCAAAGCUACCCAAAAUGGAGAAAUUGUGGGCUCCUUUUUCAACUACGGCUGCGACUAUGGUUUAAAAGGAGGAAGUGAGGCAACUGUUGACAAUGAAACCAUCAUGAGCUCCAUUGUUUAUUUUAGCUUCUGCUGUUGUCGAAAGUAG